AUGGCCAGUCCUGGUAGUAUCGGGCCUUCGCGUGGCCGUGGCCAUCGACGGACAAUCAGUACCGACAUCGUCGAGAAGGCUCGUCUCGAAGUCUUUGUCGCCGAAGACAGUGGUUUGGAUAUCGAGGAUUUCUUGAAUAAUAGACCGAGGCCGACGCAUCUUAGUGUUUUAAAUCCCAAUGAUCUGCUCCAUCCGGUUCCAGCAUUGUCCAGCCUGGCGCAGAGGCAGCACCUAUACUUCGACGAAGAUGUGCCCGUAUUCAUAGCCCUACAGAUAUUCGGCAUUCACGAUGACUCUGUUUAUAAAUCAUACAGUUCGCGACUCGCAGUAUCGCUAGAGGUCACCGCCGUUGAGAACCAAAGUCAAAGACGACCAGAUGGCAGCAGGCCACCAGACGGGCCUAUAUUACUCUAUCAGAAAACCAUACAAGAUAAGGACGGCGAUAAGAUACUGUGGCGGGAUGGCGACACACGUUUAGCUAUUUGGAAAAUUACAGUUCCCUUAGGACACCCGAAGGCAAGGCCAAAUAAUCCGAGGGUCGUAUUCUCAGCCUCUGCCACUCUUAAGCUAUUAAACCAGAAUACAAGGCUGCCGGCAAAUGAGUAUCUUUCGGGUCGGCAAGCCUUAAAUGUCAACAUCCUCGAGUCAUUUGGUGGUGAAUCACCAGAAAAGCUACCUUACCUCUCCGCCCUCAGAGUAUCCAGAGUGAUUCCUACGCAGCCCGCGCCAAAGGAAUCAUUUAGCCCUCUGGGAUACUCGUCGAAGAAGACAUUCCCGAUUGUCCCAGGGCUGAACUUCAAACUACGAGGGAAUAAGACGCCUCGAAAAGCGAAUACGGAAAACCUCUUUGCACAUCUUACACUCGAAGUUACACCGCAACUCGGGUGCAACUUCGAAAUCAGAGAUGUAGUCUUAGAAUGCGGUGGAGUUUUUAUUUCUUCAAUGGAAUCGUCCGAGAAAAUGUUUCCAACUCUACUGCAAGUAAUGGAUGAGAUAACUUUCCUCUUCCGGAUCCCAAACAAGAGCGGACCCUCCCAGCCAGCGACUCCGUUGAAGCACAUCGUUGUAAAGCUCAAAGGACAGGCAAUGGUAUCAGAUAUCUGCAAACCAUUAAUCAGCACACACUGGGAGACAUCUAUCGACUUUUCGUCCCGCCAUGAUUCUCUUUCCGCAACAACCCACGGCAAUCCACCAUCCCUACGUUUGGGAGGGCGCCCAUUAUCGUCACAAUCAAAUGCUACUACCAGCCUAAUAGAGCCCUCGGGCCUAACGAUAACUUUCACGGCCAUGUCACUCAAUGUCCACCCAGGUGAUAUUUUCUCUUGGCGAGUCUUUGUUAUGAACAGGAGUAGCCGCGCACGACGUCUCGCCCUACUAGUUCCGCCAAAGCGACGAAAGGGCGAGGGUAAGAUCCUCCCCAGCAUACCGCAUAACAUGACGGAACCGGUAGUCGAAGAUGCAGCGCUGUUCUCAUCGUACAAGAGUCAGCAUCUGGAGGCUGUUGAGUUGAUACCUCUCGUUAAUGACGUGAGGAUCGGACCGUUAGCCCCAAAUGCUUGCCAUACAGCAGAAUUAAGAUUUAUUGCAUUAGCGACUGGAGUUUUAACGAUCGAAGGAGUCAGGGUAGUAGACCUUAUGACCAACGAUAUAACUGAAUGUAGAGAAUUGCCGACUGUCGUCUGUACAUGA